UUCCUUUUGUUAUCCUUACCACUUUAACAGCUGGCAGAGAGCCUUCCUUUUCCGAUUCUCUAUUUCCUUUCCUCAUUCCCAAUCUCCGAUCCAUCCCUAAAAACAACUGACGAGAGAUCCAUGAUGAUGAAGAUGCCUUGGAGGAGGAAGAGCAGGAGCUUCCAUCUUCAGCUACAAGGGGCAAUUGAUGCUCAAAUUGGGAUUGGAGCCUGACAUUGUGACAUUUACUACCUUAAUUAAUGGGCUUUGUAUGGAGAGUAAAAUCGACAAAGCAGUGGAAUUUUUCGAUGAUAUGGUUGCACGUGGUUAUCAACCUAACGUUCGAACUUUCAAUGUGAUAGUAAACGGAUUGUGUAAAUUUGGGAAAACAAAUGUGGCUAUUGGGCUACUAAAGGGAAUGGCUGAUAGAGGUUGUGAGCCAAAUGUUGUGACAUACAAUGCAAUCAUUGACACCCUUUGCAAAGAUGAGCUAGUUGGUGAGGCUUUAGAGCUCUUCUCUCAAAUGAGGAAUAAGGGCAUUUCACCUCAUGUCAUCACUUACAAUAGUUUAAUUCACGGUGUUUGCAAAUUAGGCCAAAAGAACCAAGCUUUGGCCUUGAUGAAUGAAAUGGUGGAGCAGAACAUAUUACCAGAUGUUUAUACCUUCAAUGUAUUGAUUGAUGCUCUUUGUAAGGAUGGAAUGGUUUCAGAGGCUCAAAAUACAUUCAAUGUAAUGAUUCAAAGAGGUGUAGAGCCUGAUGUGGUCACCUACAGUUCCUUAAUUGAUGGUCUUUGCAUUUCAGACCAAUUCAAGGAAGCUUUGGCCUUGUUGAAAGAAAUGGUGGGGAGGGACAUAUCCCCUGAUGUUUUUACCUUCAAUAUAUUGAUCGACAUUCUUUGUAAGAAAGGACUGGUUUCAAAUGCACAGAAUAUAAUCAAGAUAAUGAUUCAAAGAGGUGUGGAACCUGAUGUUGUCAAUUAUAAUUCAUUGAUGGAUGGAUAUUGUCUGUGCAAGCAAAUUGAUAAGGCUAGAAAGCUAUUUGAUCUGAUGGUGACCAAUGAAAUAGCUGACUUUUUUAGCUACAGCAUUUUGAUCAAUGGAUAUUGUAAGUGCAAAAUGAUAGAUGAUGCAAAGGAACUUUUUGAUGAAAUGUCUGAUAAAGGUUUAGUUCCUGAUGUUGUUACUUAUUCUACUCUUAUAGAGGGUAUGUUUCAAGCAGGGAGGCCCCAAACUGCACAAGAGCUCUUUAAGAAUAUGUGCUCUCAUGGUCAACUGCCAAAUAUAGUAACCUUCUCAAUUAUGAUUGAUGGCUUUUGUAGACGGGAAUCUCGAUGA